GCCGCGGCCCCUCCCCCGGCGGCCGCUCCGCUCGGGGCUCGCCGGGCGGGAGAGUUUCGCUCCCGGCUGGAGAUGCCGCGCGGGCUCCGCGUCCUCGCAGAUUUUCAACCAACAUAAUGCUGAAGCUCCCAACUUGGAACCAGUAUUUCACAGAAUGGCACAAAUGGAACCUAAUCUGGACCAUGAUGUAUCAUGGUUCCUCCUUCCAUCAUACUGGGCUAAAAUGGUUGUGGCAUUAAUUUCCUUCCUCUGUUUUGCUAACAGCUAUGAUGGAGAUUUUGUCUUUGAUGAUUCUGAAGCCAUCAUCAAUAAUAAGGACCUCAGGGCAGAAACCCCACUUGGUGACCUGUGGUAUCAUGACUUUUGGGGUAGCAAACUCAGCAGCAAUACCAGUCAUAAGUCAUAUCGACCGCUAACUGUCCUAACUUUCAGAAUUAAUUACCUUUUUGCUGGAGGCUUCUACCCAGUUGGUUUCCAUGUCAUCAACAUAAUACUGCAUUGUACUAUCUCAGUGUUGAUGGUUGAUGUGUUCUCCAUAUUAUUGGGUGGAUUGCAAUUCAGCAAUAAAGGAAGACGGCUAAACCUGGCUCCAAAGUCCUCUCUUCUUGCUGCUUUGCUCUUUGCUGUACAUCCAGUGCACACCGAGUGUGUUGCUGGGAUUGUUGGCAGAGCAGACCUACUGUGUGCCCUGUUCUUCUUGUUGUCAUUCCUUGGCUACUGUAAAGCAUUUAAAGAAAAUAAGGAAGGACAUGCGUUUUCUGUAUUCUGGGUGCUGGUGAGUGUUGUCCUAGGUGCAAUAGCCAUGCUGUGCAAAGAACAAGGAAUUACAAUACUGGGUUUGAAUGCAGUGUUUGAUGCACUGGUGAUUAACAAGAUAAAUCUUUUGGAGCUCAUUCGAAAGUUAUUGUAUAAGGACAAGUCAUUGGAGAAUGCUGGGCUGUUAAGGAAGGGGCUGCUCUUCAGGAUAACUCUUUUGAUGUGUGGAGGGGCUGGGAUACUCUAUAUCCGCUGGAGGAUUAUGGGCACAGGGCCACCAGCUUUCACUGAAGUAGACAACCCAGCUUCAUUCGCUGACAGUCUGUUUGUAAGAGCUAUAAACUAUAAUUACUACUAUUCACUGAAUGCAUGGUUGCUGUUGUGUCCCUGGUGGCUGUGUUUUGAUUGGUCAAUGGGCUGCAUACCCCUCAUUAAAUCCGUCAGCGACUGGAGGAUAAUUGCACUAGCAGCACUUUGGUUCUGCCUAAUUGGUCUGAUAUGCCAAGCUCUGUGCUCAGAAGACAGCCAUAAGAGAAGAAUCCUUACACUGGGACUUGGAUUUCUUAUUAUCCCUUUUCUUCCUGCAAGUAAUCUCUUCUUCCGAGUAGGAUUUGUUGUUGCAGAGAGAGUCAUCUACCUCCCCAGUAUUGGAUAUUGUAUUCUCUUUACAUAUGGAUUUAGUCUCUUGAGUAAGCAAGCCAAGAAAAAGAAAAUUCUUGCUGUGGCAGUACUUGGAAUCUUGUUGAUAAAUGUAAUGCGCUGUGCGCUCCGCAGCAGUCAGUGGAGGUCAGAAGAGCAGCUUUUUAGGAGUGCAUUGUCUGUCUGCCCUCUGAAUGCAAAAGUGCACUACAAUGUUGGCAAAAACCUGGCUGACAAAGGAAAUCAAAGUGCUGCAAUCAAAUACUACAGAGAAGCUGUAAGGUUGAAUCCAAAAUAUGUGCAUGCCAUGAACAACCUUGGAAAUAUUCUGAAAGAAAGAAAUGAGCUCCAUGAAGCAGAGGAGUUGCUGUCCUUAGCUGUACAAAUACAACCUGAUUUUGCUGCUGCGUGGAUGAAUCUAGGAAUAGUGCAGAACAGUUUAAGAAGGUUUGAAGAGGCAGAGCAAAGCUACUGGACAGCAAUUAAACACAGAAAAAAAUAUCCAGAUUGUUACUACAAUUUAGGGCGGUUGUACGCAGAUUUGAAUCGCCAUAUAGAUGCAUUGAAUGCAUGGAGGAAUGCUACAGUCCUGAAACCAGAACACAGUUUGGCCUGGAACAAUAUGAUAAUAUUGCUUGAUAACACAGGCAAUCUAGCUCAAGCAGAAGCAGUUGGAAGAGAAGCCCUGGAAUUAAUACCUAAUGAUCAUUCCCUUAUGUUUUCCUUGGCUAAUGUACUGGGGAAAUCACAAAAAUAUAAGGAAUCUGAAGCUUUGUUCCUCAAGGCAAUUAAAGCCAAUCCGAAUGCUGCCAGCUAUCACGGUAAUUUGGCUGUGCUUUAUCAUCGCUGGGGAAACCUUGACUUGGCGAAGAAGCACUAUGAAGUCUCUCUGAAGCUUGAUCCCAUGGCACCGGGAACCAGGGAAAACUACAACCUCUUAAGAAGAAAACUGGAGCAGUUGCAAAAGAAAGGCGGUGCCUGAUGCUCCUUUUCAGGUUGCCCAUGCAUGUUGUUUACAACUGCUGUUACAUGGGUACUUUUGACCAUGUGCAGGCUUCAGUCAUCAUUUCUCAAAAACAACACCACCAGCACCGCACACUUGAAUGUCCAGUUUUGCCCUCCUACAGAUCCUAACAUUUCAGCUUGAGGGAUCGUUUUAUUUUUACUUGAACUGCUUUUAAAGUCCAUUAGAACAUUUUUAUAGGUAUAUGAAAGCAAUGCAGAUGGAAUUUCACAGCAUACGUGUGUAAUUUGAUAUCUUCAUCUGACUUUUUAGUAGCGGGAUGAAUAGCAGGAGGCAGUUUUAUUUCUGAAAGUGAUACUUAAAAGUGCAAUUUCCUGUUUAAAUCCUGAUCUUUUCAAGUAUGAAGAAUAUCUGUCUAUUUCAGUUUUAUUACUGCCUUCCAGUGCCAGUCCUGCAGAGUCAGUGGAAGAAUGAAUUCUCUCCAGCACAUCAGUGUACUCACAUAAUUUGGGUUAAGCCCUUAUGCUCAUUUCUCUCUCCAGCCUGUGAAGUGUCAGACUUGUACAGGAGUAAAUAAGGGCAAGGAUUUGACCAUAAACGUCUGUCAGCCAGUGUACUGCUCAGGUAUGCUUGAGUGUAGAAAAUACUGUUAGAUGAAGAUAGAGAUUUUAGCAAGCAGCUAAUGAAAAGAAGGUGAGGCAACAGAGGAGUCAGGUAGAGUUUCUGUUCUUGCAGGCAGUCUCAUCAACCACAGACAACAUGGACAAGUCAGAAUUGCUUUAGCUCCUGUGGCAGGUCAGUGGUUUAAAUACAGUGCAGUGUCUGUAGGAGCUAAUUGCUGCAUUCCCAGGCAAUUCAGUGCUUUCUGGUUAAGGACAUUACACCUUUCAGCUCCUAUAUUGCUGGGGAAUAAAGAGAGAAUUUCUGUAGAACAGUAACUGUGCAGUAACCUGACCUUGGCUGUUGAUCUGUUACCUGAAAGAACUUGGCUUCACCUUUGUCUCCCAUGGCUCGUGUGUUUGCUGAAGGGGCAGAUAAAUAAGCAUAGCUGUUAAUGCAUAAACUGAGCACAUCAAUGUGGGAUGAUUCAGAGGUGGUUUAUGUUGAUACCAUGUUACCUCUCACAAGGGGCUAUGCUUUAAUACACAUUUGAACUCUGGCUGUCCAGAGUUGUUUGUCAUGUACUAUAUAUUUACAUUCCUGCUUCAGGAAGUAGUCACAUGUCUGUUUAUUUGCUGGUGGUUGGUUUUUCCAGUUUCUUUAGGGUUUUUUGAGAUGUUUAGUUUUGUUUGUUUAAGAUUGGAAGUUUGCUAUUGGAUAUGAAAGUUUGGGAACUUUACCUGUCUUUUCAUAUUCCUUUAUUCUUACCAUCCAUGUCUCCUGGGAGAAACUGAUCAGCACUGUAUGAUCAAAGCUAGCUCGGGUACUACAAGUCAUGCAGACACUUUAGUGCAUUAUUUUUGCCACACCAACUGCAGAACUAGCCAG